GGUGCCUCUACAAAGUAUUGACUCAGGGGUGUGAAUACUUAUGUAAAUUAGAUAUUUCUCUAUUUCAUUUUCCAAAAAUAUGCUAAAAUGUCAUAAAACAUGUUUUCACUUUGUGAUUAUGGGGUAUUGUGUGUCUAUUUAAUCCAUUUUGAAUUAAGUUAAGGGGUGUUAAUACUUUCUGAAGGCAAGGGGACAGACUGUGAAGUGAAUAGAAUAUUUAUAGCAAACAUACUGGUUCAUCCAGAAAAAUCUAUCUGUUCAGAAUAAAAAAUGACUAUAUCUGGUAUGUGUGACUCAAAACAGAUUUUUGUUGUGGAAAUAAUUUUUCAGUGUGUGCUGACUGAGGUAUGAUGAUAGUGUCGGUGGGCUGGCAUUCAACAGCCUGUUGUUACAACCAUCAAUGUUCUUCACUGUUCCACACCUAAAAUUGGUUAUGAUUAUCUCCAGGAAAAGCUGUGGAAUCUGAGAAACAGUGUGAAAGGGCCCUUUAUUUUCACUGACACUACUAGAGGUCAUUGACCUUCAGUUAGCUUUUUCUCAAUACAGUGCGGGGUCGUCUCUAAUCCCUCUGUGACACCACAAUUCACAUUUCCGAUUAAAUGCGCUGCUUUGGAUUCAUUCAAGCGUCUUUGGUUAUAUUUUCUGUCGCCCCUGCACAGUACUCGGAAGGGCAAUACUGCUGUUACUACAUUUUCAGUGCGCUUGCCGCAAUCAGCGCACUUUUCUGUAGUGUUUUGUCAACACAACACUCCCCCGUCCCAUGUGACGAUACCUAGGAUGACGUAGUGUCGUUCUGCGUUGGUUUCCAUCAUGGCGUCGAUGCAGAAAAGGCUACAAAAGGAACUAAUGGCUUUGCAAAAUGAUCCGCCCCCUGGAAUGACGCUCAAUGAGAAAAGUGUACAGAACACCAUCACACAAUGGAUUGUAGAUAUGGAAGGAGCCACAGGCACGCUCUAUGAAGGAGAGAAAUUUCAGCUGCUUUUCAAAUUCAGUAGUCGGUAUCCUUUCGAUUCACCUCAGGUCAUGUUCACGGGAGAGAAUAUACCUGUCCAUCCUCACGUUUAUAGCAACGGUCACAUCUGUCUUUCCAUACUAACUGAAGACUGGUCGCCAGCCCUCUCAGUGCAAUCAGUCUGUCUCAGCAUUAUCAGCAUGCUGUCCAGCUGCAAAGAAAAGAGACGGCCCCCUGAUAACUCCUUUUACGUAAGAACGUGUAAUAAAAAUCCAAAGAAGACAAAAUGGUGGUAUCACGAUGAUACAUGCUAAUGAUCCUUUUUGUAAUAGUCCUAGAAGAAGUCCUACUGACCCACAUAAAGCACUUUUUUAAUCAUUCAGUCACUGAACUCUGACCUUUGACUGGAACAAUGGACACCAUGAUGCGCUGGAGACUCUUUUUUGAACUGCUUUUCCCAGAGGGAAGUUGGAUGCAUGUUUUAGCCGGUUGUAAUAUACAAAAGAAAAUGAGGAAAUAAAGGAACGUUAUGUUAUUUACCAACAAUGGAUUGUUUUUGCAAAAAAGGUCGUUAUGCAGCCAGCGAGAGAAAUGGUUUUGUAGUGAGAUUAUUAUUGUUAUUGUUUUAAGAUGAUUCUUGUUUCCUUUUGUGUUUGUUUGGGUACAUUUUUAAAGGUUGUCAUCGUGUGUUGUGCAGUAAUAACAACGGUGGAUGCAUGCUUGGGCCUACAAAGACAUCCACAUUAAAUAGUUUAUAUGUGGAAGGGAUCUGAGCAUCUUAAACCCAAGAAAAUACUUUUUUUUUUUUUUUUACUAAUAUUCAAUGCACUGUGACAAUAUGUAGAGCUACAACAGAUCAAUGUUAUGAUUCCAAACAUGCAGUUAACUUCUACUGUAAAACCACAAACACCACCACUUAUCUUCAGGUAAUAAUACGGUUUUAAGUGAAUUUACAUUUCGCUGGUUAAUCAAGAGCCAGCUCUCUGCCUUCUGUCUUCCAAGGACAGACUUGAUUUCAGAAGUUGUGGAUUUGUCUGGUCUGUGUAUUGGUACUGACACCAGAAUGAUGGUUACAACUCUUAGGCUGCAUUUACACAGGCAGCCCAAUUUUGACCUUUUUUUUUUGCCACUAAUUGGUCUUUUGACCAAUCGGAUCAGAUAUUUGUCCCAUAAUUGGGCUGCCUGUGUAAACACAGACUUGCGUACCUCUUCACAAUAAUAUGGGCUGAACUCAUGUGAUGGUCUUCGCAGGUCCAUUCUGUAAAGCCCAGAGAUGUAAGGCAACAUUACAUCCAUGUAAAGAAUGUCUGUGUUGUGGUCCAUUUUUAUUUGUAUGAUGGUUUUUGUCUUGAUGAGAUUUUUAAUGCUUUAAUCUAAACAUUUAUUUGUCUUGUUGUUUUUGUUUUCCAGCUAGCUGACACUUUUAAAGGGGGAGGAUGUUUUAGGUUCUGUGUUUUUAAUGUCUUGUUUAAUUUAAAAUCUCUAUGUUGAUCAGCAUAGUGGUAGUAACCAUGAACGGAAUAGUGGUAAAACUGUUAAGACGAGGCUAGAUUGAUUCCCUGGUCAGAGAUUGGCUCAGGGUACUUUUUUCAAUACGAGAACACCUCUGGAUAAAUAAAAUCCUAUAAGAUAUUUUUUUGCAUUUUAACUAUAUUUUCACCAAAAGAGACUUAUGUUGUGAAAUUAAUAACAUGUCUGAAACUAUUGUGUGUGUAUAUAAGUCUUUAAAAAUUGUCGAUGACGAUGAUGUUACGGGAAGUUAGGAAUGGAUGCAUUUUCCUCAUGUUAUAGCAGUGUGACUAUAAUAGGAGUGCUUUAUUUUUUCUCUGUAAUGUUUCUCCUGAAUAGUACACUACAGUCAGUUAGUUUCAGGGUUGGGGGUCAAUUCCAUUUGAAUUCCAGUCAAUUCAGAAAGUUAAACCAAAUUCGAAAUCCUAAUUUUCCUCAUUGAACAGCGUUUGAAGAGAAUUGGACUUAGAACAGUCAUUUUCUGUGUACUUCCUGAAUUGACCCUUACCCUAGCUUAGUUCAUCGUCCAACACAACUACAGUUGGUCUGCGGGGUCGGCAGUUGAACUGUAGGGAUGCACCCUGCUAUUUCCCAGCAGUACCACACAUGGCUACAGCGCUCACAGGUUGCAUUUAUACAGGCAGCCCAAUUAUUCGCACGAUAUCUGAUUGGUCAAAAUACCAAUUAGUGGCAAAGGAUCUGAUCUGAUUGAUUGAUUGAAAAAUACCAAUAAGUGGUAAAAAGAUCAGAACUGGUCUGCCUGUGUAAAUGCACCCAUAGUGUAACUAUCUACCACCUGGAGGCUGGUGGGAGGAGCUAUAGGAGGAAAUGCUUGUUGUAAUGGGCUGGAAUGGAAUAAAUGAAACCGUAUUAGAACACAUCAAACGUGGAAAAAAUGAGCCUGUCCUCCCAUAGCUCCUCCCACCAGCCUGGACUGCUAUCUACAUACACCUUAUGUUAUUAUUGGUUACAGUGGGAGGGAAUCAGCUGCUGUGGCAUCCUCUUCCCCUACAUAGUGCACUACUUUCAACCAGAGCACUAUGGACCCUGGUCAAAAUGUAGUGCACUAUAAAGAGCCGUUUGGGACGCAGCCUGUUGCAGCAGCUCUCUUGUCGUUUCUGACUUCAAUCACUCCAUUCCUAUAGUUCUGCUCUGUCUCCUGUCGCCGUCCAUUCAGAAAUACUUCCUGGGUUUGUUUUAAUCUGCCUGUCUUCACAAUAUCAACCUUCUGAAGUGACUGGAUAUAUGACCAUGACACACUGGUAUCUAGGAACCAUAUUGAUUACUAUAUAACGAUUAUCUAUUUAACCAGUGUUUUUAUAGUUUUUUUUUAUGACACUGUAGAAGAGGUCUGUGCUGCUGGACUGGGUUGAUUGUCUGUCACGGUAUGGCAUUAGUGCAGGGUCAAAAAGCCUGUAUCCACAGAUCAGUGGGUAUGUUAAAAACAAGGAGUUGAUAUGUAAACAGGGUUUGGAUGUCUCUCUCUCAUUCUCUCUCCUUGUAUUUUCCUGGUUUUAUUAGGUUUUAUUUUUCCUUUUUAAUGUGGUUUGGAUUCCUUGGCCUGCAGAUUGUUGUGUGAGUGAUCAGCAGUAAUGAAGGGUGAUGUAUUAUAUUUAUAAUAUAUUUUGAGAAUUAUUUUUGUCUUUCUCCGGGAUGUGCAAGCUCCAUGUCAGAGGAGCCUGUUCAUUUUAAUAAUCUAUAAUAAAAAGCAGAGAUGACCUUUUUAAUUCA